AUGGCUGCCAGUGGUGGAGAACAUUCAGAUUUUGAGAUUCUGAGACGUGUUAAAGAUGAUGAAGUUUUUGUCAACCUGCAAGGAGAGUUAGACACAGAGAAUGAGAGUGAGAGUUCUGCUGAGGAGGUUGAAGAUGUGACAGCUCAGCAAUGUAAAAGAACCAAGAACUUUAGCUGGAGGAAGAAAAGGUUUGAGCACCAGUCAGCAGCCAAUGAAAAUACAUUCAGAAUGCCUGAUCAGCUUUUAUCUCCUUGCAGCUACUUCACAAGGUUUUUUGACGAAGAGCUUUUCCAACUUAUUGCUGAGCAAACUAAUCUGUACUCUUGCCAGUUACGUGGAACUAGCAUUAACACCAAUCCAGAUGAAGUGAGGUCAUUUAUUGGAAUGAAACUCAUCAUGGGUAUUGUGAAGAUGCCAUCAGUGGAUGAUUACUGGUCUGAGGAUACACGUUACCAAAAAAUUGCCAAUGUGAUGUCCGUAAAGAGGUUCCAAUGUCUCUCUAGAAUGAUACAUUUUCAGGACAAUGCCAUGUCAGACCCAGAUCAGGAUCGGCUUUUCAAAGUCAGACCAGUCCUAGAACAUAUGAGAAAAAAAAUUCUGAAAAUUGAAAGUGAGAAUCAGUUCUCAAUUGAUGAAAUGAUGGUGCCUUACAAGGGCAUCAAGGCUGGUUCUCUGCGGCAGUAUCUGCCUAGCAAACCUCAUCAUUGGGGGUUCAAGAUAUUUGUACGUGCAGGUGUUUCUGGCAUGGUCUAUGAUUUCCUGGUAUACACUGGUAAAAGCUCAUUUGGCGCUGAACAAGGACCUGCCAAAGAGCUUGGACUUGGAGCUAGUGUUGUUGUUGAACUCUGCAAGACCAUCAACAACCCAAUGGAUUUGGGCACCAUUCGUAAGAACAGGCUGAAGGGAUGCCACCUGGAAGAUGACCACAAACUCAAGAGACAAGGAAGAGGCAGCUUUGAUUACAGAGUGGAUAAUGAGGUAAGAGUGGCAAUUGUAAAAUGGUUUGACAACAAAGCGGUCACACUAGCCAGCUCUUGUGCAGCUGUGAGUCCAGUGAAAGAAGUGAGGCGGUUCUCUAAAGAACAGAAGAAACAAGUUGGGGUCACGUGUCCAAACAUUGUCACACAAUACAAUGUCCACAUGGGAGGAGUAGACCUGGCUGACAUGAUGGUGGCCUUGUACCGUACACCUGCAAAAUCCCAUCGGUGGUACAUGAGUUUGUUUUGGCAGAUGGCUGAUAUAGCCUUAAACAAUGCAUGGCUUCUUUAUCGCAGAGAUGCAAAGAGUCUGGGUGAGGUAAAGCACAAGAAGCUGAAGACAUUCAGGCUGGAAGUUGCAGAUGGACUCAUUCAUGCUGGAAAAAAGAAGGCAAGGCCCUCAAAGCCAAGAGAGGAUGAUGUUCCCACCAAAUACAUCCAGCGGCCAGUAACACCAAGACCUGUGGAUGACAUCCGGUACGACAAAGUAGACCACUUCCCGGUGUUCUCUGAUAGGGGCAGAUGCAAGUUAUGCUCAAAUGGAAAGUCAACCAUUGCAUGCCAGAAAUGUGGAGUUCGUCUGUGCAUUGUCACAGGAAAAAACUCAGGGAAUUGUUUUCAAAACUUCCAUGAGAAAUAA